AUGGAAGGCAUGGGCCGCUACGUACUCAUCGCGAGUGUUUGGUUGUUGCUAGCGAUUGUACAAAGUGCAGAGAAAAAAAUCAUUAUGACCACUGAUGAGAUGGAGAACUUCAUUAAUCCUGAUGACCUGAAAAUAAUUCUGGAUUAUUAUCAACAAAAUUCGUCGAUGUUCAAUGCAACACAAUCAAUAACAACAACAAAACGCCCUGUACAAUCCGUGGGGUGUUUCGGUGUUGGAGGAUUCAUGAUACGAGCCAUUAACUCAUUAUUUUCUCUCAACUUGAGACCUAGUUCAUCGGAUGAUAUUAAUACACAUUUCUAUUUUUCUUCGAGAAAAAUGAAUUUUAGGGUACAGGUUUUUCCUGGACCUCAAUUCGGUAUCGAGUCGGUUGAUUUCGACGCAAAUAGGAAGACGGUAAUGAUCGUUCAUGGUUUCAUGAGCUACAGUGGCGCAGACUGGGUUAUCAACAUGACCGAGGCCUACCUGAACUGGGAAGAUGUUAACGUUAUAGCGGUAGACUGGAGCGGGGGGAGCAACACCUUUAAAUAUUGGCGCGCUGUAGCGAAUACAAGAACCGUUGGGAGGGAUAUAGUGACCUUUAUGCGUCAGUUAAAAAAUGCGACCGGACUAAAUUUUAAGAAUUGCCAUUUCAUCGGACAUAGUUUAGGAGCUCAAAUUAUUUCCUUCGCGUCGUAUGAAUUGGGAAAAGUUGGCAGAGUAACAGGUUUGGACCCAGCUCUCCCGUGCUUCAACACAACAAACACAAAAGAUAGGUUGGACCCAUCAGAUGCCGACUUCGUUGACGUUAUUCACACCAACGGCAAACUAUCUGCGUUUGGUUUUGGAUUCCCUUAUCCUACUGGUCACAUUGAUUUCUACCCUAACGGUGGCAUCCGACAGCCGGGCUGUUUUAGCAGCAAAAUACCAUUCUAUAACACGAUAGAUCAAGCGAUAUGCAGUCACGGGCGCGCUUACAUUCUGUUUACUGAAUCGUUGACCAACAAAAAUUGCAGCUUCAGGGGAUCUCAUUGGGACUUAACAGUUUCAGGCUUAAAAAAGAGCAUCGCGGCAACCUGCGGCACACACAAUUUAUCAUGCCCUGAGAUGGGUAUCAGAGCUGCUAGGAACGCGAGAGGCCAUUUUCUUGUACUAACCGAAGAAAAAAUACCUUACUGCGUACCGGACUGGCAGCAACAUCAGCCGUCACCUGAUCUGCUCGAGGACAUCACUAACUACCUUCAACAUCUCACAGAUACAACAGCGUCAAAUGGAGCUGUUACGCUAUCCUCAAUCAUACCAUUUAGUAUUGCAAAAGUGACCAAGCUAGUCGAGACAACGACUAAUACAGGUGACAUAAAGGCCACCACUUCCAUCAGAUGGUACAAUCGCCUUUUUAAUUAUUUAUUUACAAAGAUUUCUCACACAGAAAAAAUCUCAGAAGAUGGUAACCCAGAAGACAGUUAA